CACGACAAAAAAAAAAAAAAAAUGGUUUGCCAAAAGACUUUUAAACUGAAUAAUGGCCAUGAAAUCCCUGCUGUAGGUUUGGGUACUUGGCAAGCUAGUGAACAAGAUGAUACUGUCUACAAGUCUAUUAAAGCAGCUAUUGCUGCAGGCUAUCGUCAUAUUGAUACUGCCAUGAUGUAUGGAAAUGAAGCUGAAGUAGGUAGAGGUAUUCGUGAUGGUCUCAAAGAAAAUGGAUUGGAACGUAAAGAUAUAUUUGUGACUACAAAAUUAGCAACCAUUGAUGCUCGUCCCUCUUAUGUACCUAAGGCUCUUGAUGAUUCUCUUGCUAGACUAGGUCUUGAUUAUAUCGAUCUUUAUUUAAUGCAUUGGCCUAUUGCCAUGAAUCCAACAACACGUCAAUUGAUCCCUCUUCGUCCUGAUGGUACUCGUGAUAUUGAUGAAGAAUUACAAGGUAAAUUUGAGUUGACCUAUGAAGCCAUGGAAAAGCUGUUAGAUACUGGGAAAGUGAAAAGUAUUGGGGUUGCCAACUUUUCUAUUCCUAAUCUUGAACGUCUCUUGAAGACUGCAAAGGUUGUUCCUGCUGUGAAUCAAAUUGAACUUCACCCUUAUUUACCUCAAUUCAAGUUGGUUGAUUAUUGUACCUCAAAAGGUAUUCAUUGUUCUGCUUAUUCUCCUUUGGGUUCAAGCCAAUCCACUUUGUUUCAAAAUGAAACAUUGGUCAAGAUUGCAAAGGCUCAUCAUGCAUCAGUUGCUCAAAUUUUGAUCUCUUGGGGUAUUACCAGAACAAGUGUUUUACCAAAAAGUGUCAAUCCUGAGCGUAUUGCUUCUAACAUUGAAACCGUCACAUUGUCUGAAGAUGAAAUGAAUGAUAUCAAUAAUAUCUCCAAAACAACAACAAAACGUUUUAUUAGACCUGCAUGGGGUGUUCCCGUUUUUGAUGAAGAUUUUGAAUAAUAGUUCAUAUAAUAAUAAUAAUAAUAAUAAUAAUAAUAAUAA